ACGUGCGUUGGAUCGGUGACGCCAUGGCAGCCACGGGUCUGGCCAAUUUCUUUCCCAGCAUCAUUUGCGCAGUCAUCACGGCAGCGCUGCUUAUUGCUGGACUUAUUUGUACGUUCACCGGUGGCUCAGAAGCAUCCACUGCCUCCGAGCUCGAUGUGGACGAGAUCUUUUUGUCCAUGGGACAGGCCUGUCGCAUUGUGUCUGUGACACAUCGCUACGACACCAAGCGCGAAUCGCGCAGCAUUUCGAGCGAUUCCUCGGAGACCGUGGAGUUCUGCCAGGAUCACGUGGUGUACACCUUCAGUGUGUCAGAAGCUGGGAGUUACGCUGAGAGACCUCAGGUAUCCUCUAGGGGAGAAGUAACGAUUCCGCUGGGCGGCUUGGGAAGCGACAUGCAAGAUCGCUGUCAGGGUGCAGGCGGAUAUCAGAAAGACUUGGUGUGCAAUGGCCUGUGCCAGGAGGGUCAAGAGAUCGAGUGCUGGCGACCCAUGACAUCCUGCACGGGCAGCUGUGAAACAACACAUGCCUGGGCCAAGUGUAGCAAUACGGAGUGUUAUAAGAUCAUCGAUCCCAAGACAGAGCAGCUCAAUGCUCAGGAGGGCGAGAUCUUGCAAUUGUUGGGCGUGGCUUUUUUGGUGAUCGGCGCGGGGGCUGCCUUGUGCACAUGCGGGUUGACCUGGUGCAUCAUAAGGAGGCAGCCGUCAUUCGAGUCGUAAAAAAACAUGGCACGGGUCCCGUAUGGGUCAGUAUGGG